ACUCUUCUUCCUUCAGCCCAACAAAGAAAGAAAAAUAAAAUAAAAGAGAUCCAAUAUGGCUGGCCUUUCAAAAGUAGUUGCAACUAUUCUCCUUAUGUUGAUGCUGGUUUUUUCUACCGUGGAGGCGAAGACUUGCGAGUCGCAGAGCCGCCGGUUCAAGGGGUUAUGUUUCAAUACGUGGAAGUGUCGUUUCGUUUGCAGUACGGAGCGGUUUAGUAGCGGCCAUUGCAAUGGACUCCGUCACCGUUGCAUCUGCACCAAACAGUGUUAAUUAAUUAAGCUUUUUUAUUGGAGUUAUUAUUAAUUAUAAGUGUUUUGCUAUGUUAUAUGGAUUAUUAUCAUGAAAUAAAUAAAAUUAAUUAUCGACCAUUUGAACUUCAAGAAAUAGAAUUGUUCUUUUUUCUUGGG